GACAUCCAUCUCCAGGUGACUGGCCAUGUAGGGGAGACUGUCACACUGCCGUGCCGUCUGAAUCUCACACAUCCCAUUGAAGAGGUCACAUGGAUGAUUUAUGUUAAUGGGAAACAAAUAGUCCUGGCUAAAUUCAGAGACCAGAAGUUUAUCAGAGUGAAUAAGAAUUAUUUCCUCAACCGCCUGGAAGGAUCUAACAGUGGAACCUCAUUACAGAUCAGAGAGCUGAGAAUGGAGGAUAGUGGAGUCUUCACUGCACUGAUUAAUGUUAAUGGAGAAAUGAAAGACAUAUCCUAUAAUCUCACUGUAUAUGAGCCUCUCCCUAUCCCUACACCAGUAAUAGAAAAGACAUUAGAUGUGAAUUCCACUGAUCUGUGUCAUCUUCAUUGUUCUGUCCCAUCCAACUCAACAAGUGUGUCCUACAGUUGGAUCUACAGAGAUAAAGACACUGACAUACUAUAUGCAAAUGGCAGCACAAUCAGUGUAUCACUGAAGGAUUAUACAUCAGAGGCAGAAUUUUUCUGCUUGGUACAAAAUUCUGCUCAUACCAACAAUGUGUCAGUCCUUUUAAAUCCAUAUGCUGAGAUUCAAACAAAACGUAAGUAUUUCUGA